UUUCAAUGGACGGCGCCAUUUUGACAGAGUAUUUUGAUGUAUGAUUGGGACGCGUGUAGGCCCCGGAACAAUGCCGGAAUUUCUCCCAGCUCUUUCAAGCUUUGCCCAUGCGUUGUUUUGACUCGGACGCAUUCCUCCACGCAGUGUCCACUCGCGUUGUCCCCCGGUUCACAUGCACGGACCUGCACAGGUUGGGAGACCAGGAAGUGUGGUGGGGAGGGGCGAGGGCAAAGAAAGGCCCUGGAUGAAUAUUCAUCAAUGCAGAAGAGCGGUUCGGUGAUCCAUCAGUGUAGCCCGCCGCCCUGGAGGAGUGCGUGCUGUUGUACUAGUACAUCGUUGUUGCGUGUAUCACCCACCGGAGAGGAGGUUGGACUUCUUGUGGCCCGGCGGUAGCGAACACGGUUCUCUCAAUCUGCUGGCCACACAAGCAAGAUGACAAUGGCGAGCCUCUUCUCUUUUACCAGCCCAGCCGUGAAGCGUCUGUUGGGCUGGAAGCAGGGAGACGAGGAGGAGAAGUGGGCCGAGAAGGCCGUAGACUCUCUCGUCAAGAAGCUCAAGAAGAAAAAAGGUGCAAUGGAGGAACUGGAAAAGGCCUUGAGUUGCCCGGGACAGCCCAGCAAGUGCGUGACCAUCCCGCGGUCCCUGGACGGGCGCUUGCAAGUCUCCCAUCGGAAAGGCCUUCCGCACGUGAUAUACUGUAGAGUAUGGCGGUGGCCGGACCUACAAAGCCAUCAUGAGCUGAAGCCACUAGAGCACUGCAAUUAUCCGUUUGGGGCUAAGGACACCAAGGAGGUCUGUAUCAACCCAUACCACUACAAGAGGGUAGAGAGCCCAGUGCUGCCGCCAGUGUUAGUACCCCGCCACAGCGAGUUCGUCCCGUCGCAGACGCUCCUACCGUACCACAACGUCCCCGAGCCCCCGAUGCCCCACAAUGCCACAUUUCCACAGUCGUUCCAGAACAGCCCCGGGAUGCAGUCCCCCCACUCCCCGGGGCUCCACUCUCCGGCCAGCUCCGGCCCCAGCAGUCCCUACAGUAUGCAGCCAGGUAACCAACCCGCAGACACGCCCCCUCCAGCGUACAUGCCGCCUGGAGAAGACCAGAACAGGAACAAUGAGGAGCAGAUGGACACGACGAGCCAGCUGUCGCCCGCCAGCAGCCUGGGCUCGCCCGCCGUGCCCAAUGUACCCACCGCCGUCAAACAUGGGCUAAACAUAGCCGCCUUGUCUUCAAGACCGCCACCCGAGUUGAGGACUAUUCUCCUUGAAUGCGGCGACGUACAACCUGUGACGUACCAGGAGCCGGUUUACUGGGCCUCCAUCGCGUACUACGAACUGAAUAACCGCGUCGGCGAGCCGUUCCAUGCCAAAAGUCACAGUAUCAUAGUGGACGGCUUCACCGACCCUUCCAACAGCGGCGACCGCUUCUGUCUCGGCUUGAUAUCCAACGUCAAUAGAAACUCCACCAUUGAAAACACAAGGAGACAUAUAGGGAAAGGCGUGCACCUAUACUAUGUUGGGGGAGAGGUUUACGCCGAGUGCCUGAGUGACAGCGCCAUCUUCGUACAGAGUAGGAACUGCAACCACCACCACGGAUUCCACCCCACUACUGUAUGCAAGAUCCCACCAGGCUGCAGUCUGAAGAUCUUCAACAACCAGGAGUUUGCUCAGCUGUUGUCCCAGUCGGUGAACCACGGCUUCGAGGCCGUCUACGAGCUGACCAAGAUGUGCACCAUCAGGAUGAGCUUUGUCAAGGGCUGGGGCGCGGAGUACCACCGUCAGGACGUGACCUCCACCCCCUGCUGGAUCGAGAUCCACCUGCACGGCCCGCUGCAGUGGCUGGACAGAGUCCUGACCCAGAUGGGCUCUCCCCACAACCCCAUCUCCUCCGUCUCAUGACACCCU